AUAAGCUGGUACGGGCCAGUAUGGAGUAUCCAGUAAGAAGGUGGCCAAGAUGGUACGUUCCAUCUCCUGCUUUGUUCCCCGUGAGAGUGACAGUACCGAUACUGGUGCAUUUCAGGAUGGAGCCCUCCCCUUUUAAUAGAAGGCAAUGGACUUCACAUUCUCUGAGGAUCACCGCGAAAGAGUUGUCCCUGGUCAACAAGAACAAGUCAUCUGCUCUUGCAGAGAGGUUCUCGAGGUAUCAAAAGGCAGCUGAGGAAGCAACUGCAGAGAAAAAAAGAAGUAAUGCUGAAAAUCUUCCCCCUCAUUUUAAAAGAGGGUCACUCAGUGUCUUGAAGAAGAAGUGGGAGAAUCCCGUAUUGGGGACGGAGGCUCGGAAGGAAACGCUACGAAGCAGCGGUGCUGAGCUUAGGCAGAAGGCUGCCAGCCCCACUGGUGGAACUGCCUCUCUAGCAGAAACUGACAAAGCCUCAGGGAAUGGUCCCACAUCUCAACUCCAUUCGUCUUCCGGAGUGAUCGGUCAGUUCAGAUAUCCAAGUGUUGACAGCGAAGAGGCGAAAGACUAUUCACCCGAGAGUGGGAAAAUGGAAAAUUGUCUUGGAGAAACCCAGCAAGAAGUAGGCAAGCCUGAGGCCAUUGAAAACACAGAUUCUUCAGGGAAGAUAGAGAAAUGUAGUGUUCCUCUGAGCAGGCUAAAGAUGAUGUUUGAGAGGGGGGAUGCAAGCCAGACAAAGGUGCUUCGUGACCAGGGCAGAGCUGCUGGUGACAGGAGGAUCUCAGAGAACAGCUUUUCAUCAGAGGACCUUGACUUCAGUGCUGGAGAAAGAAACCACAAUGCUUCCGGUCAUCCUCUAUGCUGCUCUCCAACAUCUAGCCUAGAGAACAGGAAAAACCAGGAGAUACCUCGUUUGUCGGAAACGUCAGUCAAGGAUAGACUUGCUAAGUACCAGGCAGCAGUGUCCAAGCAGGGCGGCUCCAGCAGUCAGUUGAAUGAGAUUCAAGCCAGUGAAAAUGAAGUCAAGAAUUACAGUUGUGAGCUGAAAGAAAAUUGGCCACCAGGCUCUGAAGAUUUCUUUCCCCAGCAGGAUGGGGAGAAGGUUGCCAUAGGUGAUGGUCUGAAUUCCAGCCUCUGUGAAGAUGGCACCAUUGGAUUUAACUCCCGGAAAGAAAUUGAAGCCCUGAGAUCAGUCUAUGCCAAACAAAGUCCUGAUUCUAAAUCAUCCUGCCAGACUGAUGCUGCUCCACCCAAAUCAGUGAAGAAGUUCCAGCUGCCAGCAAAGGAAACCUGCUUUGCAUGCAAGAAAACCGUUUACCCAAUGGAGCGUCUCUUUGCCAACCAGCAAGUUUACCAUAUUAGCUGCUUCCGCUGUUCUUACUGUAACAGUAGACUCACUCUUGGAACAUACGCAUCUCUACACGGGAGCAUUUACUGCAAGCCUCAUUUUAACCAGCUCUUUAAAUCCAAAGGCAACUAUGAUGAAGGCUUUGGGCAUAAACCACACAAGGAACUGUGGGUAAGCAAAAUGGAGAGCGAAGAAUCCCCAGAGAAACCUGCAUCUGUUGGGAAUGCAACAGAAGGUCCCCAAAGUCCUGGAGUGGAGGAUGCACCGAUUGCAAAAGUUGGAGUUCUGGCAGCCAGCAUGGAAGCAAAAGCUGUCGGCAUGCUGGAGAAGGAAGACAGGCCGACUGAAACGAAGAAACUGAAGAUUGCCUGGCCACCACCUGCUGAGCAUGGUAGUCAAGGCAGUGUCUUGGAAGAAGGUCUCAAAGUAUUGAAGCCCAAGUGGCCCCCAGAGGACGAGGUUUCUAGGCCAGAUAAUCAAGAAGAUGUAGACCAAGACCUUAAAAAAUUACGAAGGUCCUCUUCACUGAAAGAAAGAAGCCGGCCAUUUACAGUGGCAGCCUCUUUUAGAACAAUGUCUGUUAAGAGCCAUAGAACUGAAAAUGGGUCUCAUUCCAAAACCGAGAGGAGUGCUGUCAGGCGACACGAGGAACUGGCCAAGGAAAUGUUGGUAGAAGACAAGCCAAGGGAGGAAAAUAGCACAUUCGAUCCUAAAAACACCCCCAGUGUAGAGGAGAUGGAGGAGGAGGCUAAAGAACUGGAGAAGGAGAAGGGAGAAGCAGGAGGAGGAGGAGGAGAAAGCCUGUUUGCGAAUGGCCAGCGGAGUGUAGAGACGGAUGAGGAGGAAGACGAAAAUGUUGAAAAGCCAUCUGAGUCUAUGGAUAAAGCAGCAUCCAUUCUUCCAUCUCCUAUGCAUGCAAUUGUCAGUUCUGCAACCACAAAAGAUUUAUUCUUUAGUCCAAGUCAUAAAUCCCAAGAUACUGGUUUUUUCAAAGGCGAAGAGCUAGAAGAUUUGACAGUGGAAGAACAGAUCAAGAGGAACAGAUACUAUGAGGACGAGGAGGGGGAAGGAGAAUAAAUGGGCUUUACUAGAUAACUUACUGCAAGGUGCUGGGCCUUAAAUUAAUGUAUGUUUAAUUGGGGGGGGGGGUCUUUUUCUUCCUAAAGUGGCUGCCCUCUGCAGAAAUAACACAGUGCCGCAAAUUGACACAUAAGGGAACCAUAAAGACGUGCUCGGAUCUAUAUUGCAUAGG